UCCGAGACCACCGCUCUCUCCACAAGUAUGGCUGCUCCGGGGGUUUUGCGCUGUUCUAAAAUAUGUGUCGCAGGAAUUGAGCGAAUUAGGAUGCCGGCGCGCUUCCUGGUCGGCCUCGGUGCCCCUUCUGGACAGCAUGUCUGGGUCCGGACCUUCUUCAGACUCGUGAAACCCUCGGGCAGCGACCGGACACUCCAAUACGCCGAGAGAAAACUGAUCGGGUACUCGGCAGAGCAGAUGUAUGAGGUGGUCUCCCGGGUGGAGUUCUACCGGGACUUCGUGCCCUGGUGCACCCGGUCGCAGGUGGUGGCUCGCAGUGAGCAGGCCCUCACGGCCCACAUGCAGGUGGGCUUUCCCCCCGUGCUCGAGUCCUACACCUCCCAAGUGGAGCUGCGCAGGCCCAGCCUAGUCAGGGCGGUGUGCAGGGACGGCCGCCUGUUCAACCACCUGGAGACCACCUGGCGCUUUGAACCUGGCCUCCAGCACAUCCCCAAGUCCUGCACCCUGGACUUCAAGGUGUCGUUCGAGUUCCGGUCGCGGCUACACUCCCAGUUGGCACAGCUGUUCCUCGACGAGGUGGUGCGCCAGAUGACGCGAGCCUUCCUGAGCCGGGCGGUUGUGCUGUACGGCAAGCAGUCGCCGCUCACCGCAAAGCGGGACAAGGUGUUGCCCAGCACCCCCUGACCCCACCGAGUCAAGUAGACGUCCUCGGUGGGCUGCCCGCCCGGAGAGUUCCCCAGGGAACGCCCUCGCCUCCCAGCUCACGAGCCUCGCCGCCUUGUGGUCCUUGCGUCGAGGGGCGGGCUCUCGGACGGAGGCAUCGCUCACGAUCGGGCCUCCGUGGUGGCGGCCGACGCCCACCCACUAACAGAGCUCUGCCGGGCUCUGCGGCACAAGAGAGUGGACAUCUUCGUAGGAGAUGCCAAAUUUAGGAAUGUGUUUUAAUGCAAAUUAGUAGGGUGUUCAUGCUUAGAAAACUUAAAGACGAGAGCUAGGUAGCUCUCGUCUCUGAAAGUUUCCUACCGAAGAAACUGGAUUAUGGAACAGAAAUCUAACUGGAUUUCUUGCUGGAAACCUGACAUCCAGUUUGUAGACGAUUGUCUGCUAACUGGAUUUCAGGUUUCCAGCAAGAAAUCCAGUUAGAUUUUCUGUUCCAUAAUCUAGUUUAUACUGAUUUUUUUUUCUAUAGGAAGUGUGUUUCACUCUCAUCCCUGAAGGGGAUGUUUCAUUUUGAUUUCGGUGAAAUUGUUGCGUGCUAGACAUCCCUCUUCUUUCUCUCUCGUUCCUAGGCUUUUAUGACGAUUUUGCACCUAUAAACGGUUGAAAAUGUUGCAUUCUUUUCUGGAGAUGCGCCCCGCAGCUCUUGCCCUUUGAUGGGGAGCUGCCUGGUUGAGCGCUUCCCUCACCGUCCUGGCCGGUGGAACGGUACAGUUACGCCACGGUGCGAGUGUGACUUGGUGCGAGUACCGAGGUGGACCUUCUAGUAUAAAAACUGAAGUCUCUUCGACGGGAUGGGUGAAAGAAAUUAAACGGCUGACGCCGCAAUCGUUUCGUCACCGAGUUGCGUUCAAAAAGGUGCUCAUAGUAUGUCCUUUCAAAGUUUCUAACCUUCAAGUAUAGAGAAGAUGCGGGCCAUUCGAAAUUUUACGACGUGUGGUGGCAUUUGGCAAGGUUAAUUGGAACUUCCAAAACCUUCGCAGCAGUUGCCCCGCCAAAUUACUGACCAGCGUAAGUUUAUGGUUUAUGCCUGUUGGCUUCAUAAUUUAUGUCUUUGUAUUAAGUUUGCCAGUGAGACAGUGAUAUCUAAGGAUAACUCGAACUGAGCAUGUGGCAGCAAACUACUUUUAAGGUAGCAUCAUUAAGUGCCUGCGUACAACUUGCACGUGUCUGAGGAAGGGCUCCCAUUUGUGCAAGAUGGUUCUAGAUGGUGGAAUCGUACCGGUACGUUUGGACAUUGAUUGGUGCGAGUGUUUUGCCCCAAGUGAGAUUGAGAUGAACGGUCAAGAUGGCACCGGUGUGAAAUGGCCGCGUCAUCCUCGCACAAUGCAUCUGGAGGAAAGGGGACCACCCGAAGACAUUGGGCCGAUUCUGCCGACCAGGACGGCAAUUCUCAACCGCAUUUGUUAUCUUAGACUGUGUCUUCUCUGGCGCUGUUUCUAGUGCUGCCGUAUGCUCUUUCCAAAGGUGUCAUGUACCCCAUUCACACGACCAGCAUUAAGGUGCUUUUAACAUAGGUCCUUUUUCAAUCGGCAAAUCAGCCUGCGCUGAUAGAUCGCGGGCACAUGCCUCGCGCGAUUAGCCACUGGCCAUAAAGGUCCCUUAGCUGAAAGUACCUUUAUGAUCGUGUGAAUGGUGUUUUACUCUUGCUAAACUUUAGUCAGAAUCAAUUCCAGAUGUUUAUUGCAUAUGAAAUCUGCGUUAGUUUUUCUUUCCACGUUGCCAGAGCACAGGACCAUAUGAUACAAUUUUUACCGCUAGCAAUCGUAACUAGAACCAGUAAAUGAGCUUUGGUGGGCGUCUGCGGGACCUUUUUUGAGGGGGAAUACGGGGCAGAAGCAGCGCUGCAGCAAGCCACGCUUGGCCAAGCCAGCACUGUAAUGUGCUUAUUCUGCUUUGGCUAGCCAUGCCGUCACUAUAUAAAGCAGCAGUCACGCUACUCGUGUAUCGUACAAAAGGCUCGGUAUUCACUGCAGACAUGCACAUCUUCAAAGCGUCUUUGCAUUGAACCUGUCUGCAGAGAGGUGGCCAUUGUACAAAGACCGUCUUUUGCGCGAUGUAUUGGCAGUGUGAUGACGGCCCAAGAGUAUGCCACCGAAAGGUCUUGUCGUCACUGCCCCGGGAACCCUUGCAAUAUGCCAUACCGCAUCGUCGAGGGACCGUAUAAGACCGUUCAACUUGGCCAGGGGGCACGCUGGAGCGAUACCAGUGACUCAAUGCCACGGCGAAAAUUCGCCCUAAUGCAACGUUUGCUUAUUCCGUCGUGCUGCCAGUUGCAAUGGCGACCACUGCAUUGCAAUAAUAUUGUGACUUUGUGCCUGUUGAAAAAUGGUGAUUACUUUUUAGGGAGGUGAACCUCUGCAAAGAAAGGUUGCCUGUGUGCCAGGUUUCCUGGGUGGAGGAUAUAAUCGAGGCGUGAAAACAGUUGUCGACAGCGCAGUGCGUCUUGCAAGUGCAAGACAGCGUCGCCUAUGACGUCCACCUCAUCAUAAAUGCUAUUUUUCUUUUAUGCUUUCGCUCGCUCUUGAAAGUCGAAGCUAUUUGGACAAAGAUAAUAAUAAUCAUUUUUAUUUCCA